UCCGGACUAACCGAACCACCGCGCUGUCCUGUGCAGUGCCUGUCUCAUAACAGAUCAGUGUAUCCUGGGACGGCAGCUGCUCCCCUCAGGGCGUUUCACCUCAGUUGUAUUUGCCGGCAUAAAUUAAUCAGCAGCAGCUGGCAGGCGGUCCAAAGGAGCCUGGAUCAGCUGCGAGCUAGUCAGAAUUGAGCGGUUGCCCGAUUAGUAGCUCUUCCUGGUGCCACAUGCAGGAAUGAAUUAAAGGUGUUAAUAUCCCAAACACCUUCAGGAUUACAACGUUUCCAUAAGCCUUAUUGCUUUUUGACACGAAUAAGGACGCUUGUGAAAGAUGGAGAUAACUCAGCAGACAUAGUAGUGAUAUAACGAUGGUAGAGACCUCCCAGCUUUUUUAACAUGAUCUGCAAUGAAGUAUUGAUAAAAUUAAUUCACUCUCAAUUCAGAUUGCUAAAAUACAUCUGCAUUUCACUUGCUUUUUAGAAGUAAAUCAUUAGUGGUAUCCUACCUCAAUAGUAAGUGAAAAUGAAGAAGUUAAAAUAUGUAUGCAUGUUUCAAUUGUUAUAUGUCAUAUAGAUAGCUAGCAUUUUAGCCCUUCCCACUGAAGUCUUCUGCCAGUAAAAAUCCUGUUUAUUUCAGGACUUAUGUAUCCACAGUCAUAACUGUGAAUAAAGCGUGAACCUUCAGCCAGCAAGUCAGGCAGGAGACAAGAGCAGCUGUGUAAACUUGUCUGGCAGUGGAAGGUUGUUUUGAUUAAAGAAAGCAAAAAUUUGGGAUACCAGAUCUUAGUCUGAAACACAAACAAAAAAGUUGCACUUACAGAGCACUCUACCUCACAAGCUUGAGUCUUGCACUGGAAAUGCAGUAUAAGGCUUCUUCAUGGACUUGUACAAAUUUAAAUACCUGUAGAAAUCAGUGCUACAGAAUCGAUAGUAAAAGCCCAAGUAAAAGUCUGCCCAGCUCUGGUUUUCUUGUUUCAGAAAUAAGGUUGACCAGGAACUGGAACAAGAUGGCAUCUGUGCUCCACAAUGUCAAAGCAACAAUGGCCUGGCAGAAACACCAACUCCUAGCUGACUUUGAUGAAAAUGAGAGCCCUGUGCCUGACAAAUUCAAGAGAAAGGCUGCUCUGAGUUCUCUCAAUACCAUCUGCAUGUCUCUAAGGAAACGAGCACCAUUAAAGCGAGUAGAGCUGAAUUUUCAUAACACCCCAACUAGGGAAAGUCUGGAAGCAGGACAGAGGUGCCAAACUCUUCAGAUUAUUAAAAGAACAGCAAAAAAUGCUUUUGGAACAGUGUCCCAGAAAAUACAGAAGUCUUGCCAAAGCCCAGUACACUCAAUGGUGACCUUUCCAGCUGAAUCCAUCAGCAGAAGCUGUGCGACAAGUUCUACCAAGAAAAAAAGUGCUACACCUCAAACCCCUUGCUAUGAGACUGUUACUCCAGCAGUCAGUUCCAAAGGCAUCCCAAGGUCCAGCAAAAGGGCCUUGCUUGGGCCAACAAGGAUGUCAGAACAUGGAGAACGGAGGGAUUUCUCAUCCUGGCUUGGUAAAAAUGCUGUCUCUCUCCGGAGAUCAAGAAGAGCAGCAGCACUGAAGAGCCCUUAUUCAUCACCUGCUCCUGCCAGAAAGAUGGAAUGUGACUGCGAGUUGGAACUGGUCUCCUCAGGGAUUUGCCAACUGAAGCGUAUCUCCCAGGCAUUUGAUGAUGCUAUUGUGAAAGAGGAGAGGCAACAAGCAACAUCAAACUAUUACUAUCUAAUGGCAGAAAACUUACAUUCUGCGUGUCGAUCCCUGAAACCUUCUCAAGCUAUCAGAAGGCAAGCAAAGAAACUCCAUCAAGCACUUGGUACCUAGACAGAGACUGUAACUAUUAUUAGUUUAUAAGCAUAUAUAAAUGAGAGGUCUGUGUAGCACCAAAAGGGUGCACUCUAUACACUAAACAAAUCACUACAUUUUAUAAUCUUCCUUGACAAAGCAGCUCGGGACUUCCCUUGCUUUCUCUUUUCAACUGUAGUUGGUACCUGUGGUACCAACCACAGGGUAUUAUCUCCUGCUGAGAUGAGGGAACCAUCUUGAAUGUGACUUUCAUGAGGCAGUAAGUACUUUGAUGUUGAACCGACCAGUAGGAAUGGCCAAAGCAAGGGCUACAGACUUAUGAAGGGUAAUCCUAGGUAAGAGGAGUGUUUAGACUGGUAUCCAAUUGCCAUGAGUUUUAGCACAAGUAUUUUACAUACAAAAGAGUUUGGUCUAUUAUUUUGAAAGCCUAACAUUUUUUUUAUAUAUAAACAAACUAAGCAUUAAGCAUCAUGUUUAGCUGGAAGUUAAUAAAACAAUAGUGGCUUCUUUAAGUUUUGACCACAACCGCCAUUCCAAGGCAAUAGGUUUCUGUGGAGUCACUCACACCACAAGAGAAAAGCCACAUUAGGACUCUUAAUUCAUGGCCUUAAGGAUUGCUAUUAGAUUAGUCUAACUAAUCCUAUCUUAGGUAGUUUGGUCCCAGACAAAUCAGAGUAAUUUUGUAAUUUCCUACUGCUGCUUUAAAUACCAUCUUGGCAGUUGAGUUAAACAUUGCUUCUGUACUACAACAUCUGUCUUUUAGUUAUAUGCAGAAAUUGUUACUACAAUUAAUGUAACCUCUUAUAGCUACUGUUAUUAGCCAGUAUCUCAGUGCAGGUAUUUUAUUUGAUGAUGCAUACAUAGCAUUUGAUAUAUUUUUUUUUUUUAAGUAACUAGAAGCAAAAAAGUAACAUUCCUUUGAAAAGCCUUUUUUGGUUGGUCAUUCAGUGUAACAAAGUUUAGUCUUUCAAACCAAAGCAAAGAUUUCUCAAGCUUCUGGAAUUCAACAGCAGGGCUGUUUUAGGUGGUAGCAGCUUUGUGCAGGCUUCUCCAGUUACAUUCACUCUAAGAUGAACCUUCAAACAAAAGACUGAUUUGGAAAAUUUUGCUCUACUUGAUAAUGUUUAAGAUGUGCAUGUAAUUCAGUUCCAGUUUCACUAAAAUUUUAAUGGUAUCAAAUAUAAAUAUGGCAAGUAUUCAAUCCUGAUUUCCUGAUGUAGUAUUUGUGUAUGUUUUGUGUGCUGUUUUUAGGGUUUUUUAACCACCUUUCUAUAAGGAACAUAUGUUCUUUGGAUGUUCUGAAACUACUUCUUCUAUAAAGCAUUCACAAAGAUGGUGACUCAUUACCAACAUACCUCCUUCUAUGACUUCUGAAAAGGAGGGAGGGUUGGAGUUUUGUGAAAAGUCAACCUCCAAGUAUUAUUUCAAACACAUGUAUCAGGAAGCCUCUAUACUGUUUCCAACAGCUACUAGGACAUGUACAAUGAUGAUCUAAUACUUCCCAAUUCACUGGUAAGAAAAAUCAGUGACACUGUUUGCUUAAAGGCAAGGAAGGUUUUAUUUAAGUGAGUAAUCUGUUAUAAGAUUUUAAAAACCAGCUCACAUCAAAAUCUAUAGCAGUUGUAGAAAUCUUACUCCUUAUUUCAUAUUAAGAAAUUCAUUAUUGUACAUUUUCUGAUCUUUACAAGGCAGCCAUAAGAAAUAUAAACAUUUGUCACCAGAUAGAACCUUCUCACUGACAAACAAUAUUUAAAGUAUGCACUUAAUAAAACUACAGACUGAAAGAA